UUCCAUACGACGAGGAAGCCAGCCUCGUGAAAAGUCGCUGGAACGUCGCUGGAACGUCGCUUUCCAACGUUGCUCCGACGUUCGACGGCGACAACCUUCUCCACAACUUGGCGAGGGAGAGAGAGAGCGAGAGAGACAAAGGCGGCCGGGGUGGAGGGCUGGUUUUACUGAACACGUGUGGGGGACAGACCGAGUGGGGAGAGAGCGAGCAACAGAGACUCCUCCUUGAGCAAACAAAAAAACCAGCUCCCCCCUCCUACCAACGCCCCCCCCCCCUACCAGCCAUCACACCCCCCUCGCCCCCCUUCUUCACUCAAGACCGUUAAACCCUGACCCCUUUUACACAUCGGAAGAGGAGGAGGAGGAGACAACAGCGGGCAAAAUCGUCGUGGGAUUACCCAGAAGAGUUGCGGAGAGCCCAGUGGGCUCUCCCCACCUCCCUCCCCCACUGCCACCGCACCGUACCGCCCAUCUGCGGAGGCCCCUGGUGGCGUUGGAGAGGUAGGGGAGGCGGUGGGGGGACAUUGCCGGCGACCGUCCUCCGAAGAAGCGACCGUUUCCGGGAUCGGCUUCAUUGAAGAUUUCCCUCCAUCUUGGAUUUAAACAUUUUUUUCCGUCCGAUUUUGAAUUGGAACGAACACAAAGAAAACUCCCCCAAGCGCCACCCCCCCCCCCCCACACCCAUCGACGCCUGGUGCCGUCGUUUGCGGGAAACUCCCUCCUUGGAUUUUUUACCGGUUACCCCCCACCACCACCACCACCCCCACCACUACCUCACCUUUGCGGGAGAUAUCUCCAUCGCUCGGAAACCCGGUCACCCCGGGAGCGGGAGGGGGGGAACUUGAGUCCGAGCCCCGACUGGACUCCCCCUCUGAUCUUCCUCGACGGCAUUCCCCUUUUGGCAGCGGCGGAGGAAGGCGGAAGGGAGGCCGGGCAGGACGACAGAGCGGUAACCGCAUCCAAUAAAACCAAACCUUGUCCGCCUCGGUUCCCAAUCCUCUACGGACAGUCCUAUAAUACCGCCACCCGACCCUCUCGAACCUCAACGCAGCGAGCGGCUCAACUCCGGUCGGCGCAACUCCAUCCCUCGCCGGUUUGCCUCCCCACCCCCCUCCGGUAGCGGCGGUGUUGGUGGGCCAAUGCACCGCUACGGGGAGGAGCAGUUCCCCCGGGGCGGCGGUGGGGGGUCAUCCCCCACUGCCGGCGGCCCGCUGGACUCUCGUUUCGCGUUGCUGCAGCAACAGCAGCAACAGCAGCAGCAGCAGCAGGCGACAUUCCACUACGCGGCCCCGGCGCGGCCGUACAGGGAUGCCGUGACGGCCGCCCCGUUGAAGCCGCUAGCCGCCCCCCCUCUCUGCGACGGCCGCCCCCGCGGCCGCGAACACGUCCAACGCCUCCGAGGUGCUCACGGCGUUCGGGCUCUCACCCGACGACCUCACGGAGCUGAGCCGCUACCCGUCCGAGCAGCUGACGCCCGAGAACCUGCCUCGCCUGCUCGGGGAGGUCUACGUGCGCAGGCGGCAGCAGCAGCAGCAGCAGCGCGCCACCGCCGCCGCCACCGCUACUACCGCUGGGCGCUCUGCGCCAGUCGCGCGGAACGAAGGGGGGGCGCCGUCGCUCCGGCCGCUUGCAACGUUCACGGCGGCCGAGGUGCUGCGGCGGACGCAGGCGGGCGAUGUCCAGAAGGGGGGACAGUUGGCGUUGCACGUGGUGGAUUACGGGCACGGGCGCGGCAGCGCCGCCGCCGCCGCCAGCCCGGGGAUACGGGCGACGCCCCCGUUGCGUCAUUUGCCACCCCAGCCGUCCGUGCGGCCGCCCCAAUGCCCGCAGCCCCAUCCGCCGUAUUCCGGCGACGGCGGCAACGACGGCUACAGGGAGACGCGCGAGGCCGAGUGGCUUCGGGAGCAGCAGCAGCAGCAGCAGCAGCAGCCGGCGCAGCAGCAGCAGCAGCGGCGGCCGCAGUUGCAGCGGCGGGCGCUGCCGCCGCCGCCGUACCCUGUCCGCCUGGACGGCGGAGACGCGUUGUCGGGCUGGCGAGGGCCUGCGCGGGACGGCUACGUCGGGGCCUACGCGGAGAGGGCCGAGUUCAAGCGUCCGCCGUCGCCGCCGCCGCCGCAGCAAUUCCAGCGGCAGCAGCAGCAGCGUUCGAGCAGCGGCAGCAGUGGCAUGGCAAGCAAGAGCCAGCAGCAGCACCAGCAGCAGCAGCAGCAGGCGUCGAGCGUGGAGAAGAGGCCGGCCGCGGUCAUCGCCUCUCAGUUUUCGCCGUUGAUGCCCAAGAGGCCGGAUCUGGGCGGCGGGGGCGUCGGCACCAGGAGCGGCCAAAGUGGCGGCAGAAGCAGCGAGAGCGGCGGCAGCAGCAGAAGCGUCGGAAGCGGCAGCGGCGGCAGAAGCGGCGAGAGCGGCGCUGCCAAGAGCGGCGGCAGAAUCGGUGAGGGUAGCGGCAGAGGCGGCAGCAGCGGUAAAAGCGGCGAGGGAGGUGGCAGCAGCGGCAGAAGCGGCGGCGGCAGCAAAAGCGGCGAGGGUCGCGGCAGAAGCGGCGAGGGUAGCGGCAAAAGCGUCGAGCAUAGCGGCAGAAGCGGCGAGGGUCGCGGCAAAAGCGGCGAGGGCAGCGGCAAAAGCGGCGAGGGCAGCGGCAAAAGCGGCGAGGGCAGCGGCAAAAGCGGCGAGGGUCGCGGCAAAAGCAGCGAUCGUAGUGGCAAAAGCGGCGAGGGUCGCGGCAGAAGCGGCGAGCGUAGCGGCAAAAGCGGCGAGGGCAGCGGCAAAAGCGGCGAGGGCAGCGGCAAAAGCGGCGAGGGCAGCGGCAAAAGCGGCGAGGGCAGCGGCAAAAGCGGCGAGGGUCGCGGCAAAAGCGGCGAGGGUCGCGACAAAAGCGGCGAUCGUGGCGGUAAAAGCGGCGAGGGCGGCGGCAAAAGCGGCGAGGGUCGCGACAAAAGCAGCGAUCGUAGCGGCAAAAGCAGCGAGGGUCGCGGCAAAAGCAGCGAGCGUAGCGGCAAAAGCUGCGAGCGUGGCGGCAAAAGCGGCGAGCGUAGUGGCAAAAGCGGCAGGAGCGGCGAGGGUAGCGGGAGUAGCGGCAAAAGCGGCGGCGGCAAGAACGGCGAGAGCAGCCGAAGCGGCGAGGGCGGCAGCGGCAGCAGAGGCAAAAGCGGCGAGGGAGGCAGCAGCGGCAGAAGCGGCGGUCCUAGCGGCGGCGGCAAGAGCGCCCAGGGCAGUCGAAGCGGCGGCAGCGGCAAGGACGGCGAUGGCGGCAGAACCGGCGGCGGCAACAAGAGCAGCAGCGAAUCGAUCAAGAGAGGAGGUGGCGGCGGCGGCGGCGGCGGCGGCGGCAGCGGCGCUAGAAGCAGCAGCAAGGGCGACACCGUGAGCGGCACGCCGACGCUGCUGCUGCCUGCCCACUUGGCGAGCCGCCUUGCGCAGGAGCCGCCCCACAGCUUCCUGCGGCGCGACAGUGCCCUCAAGAAGGAGCUGGAGAACUUCUACGGACGCUACAUUUCCAAAGAUCCCCUCCACUGCCACCUGUGCUUCAUGCGCUGCAGCGGACUUAAGGCGUGGGAGAGCCACGUGAAUGGACGCAGGCAUAAGCUGCGCUGUGAGCUCUUUAAGGAGCGAUUUUUCAAGAAUGGAGAAUAUAAAGGGUAA